AUGUCGAAGACACUGCCGAACGACAUCUUCCAAUUCUCCCUCCUCUCGGCGUUCGAGGGCGGCCUGAAAGACGGCGGACCGCCGGUAGGCUUUCUGCUGAACCAUGGCACCCACGGCAUCGGGAUGUCUGAAGAUGGCGAAGGAGACAUGAUACAAGUGGACUCGGCCAUGUACACCUUCGACGAGGACGGCGAAGCUACAAGAGCAGACAAAGAAGACCAGCUCCCGUUCUGCAUGGUUACCAUCUUUCAGCCCUCACAGCAAGUCAAACCGCCAAUCAAAACGACAAGCAAGAAGGUCAAGGAGGUCUUCGAAAGAAGCAAGAACACACCGUUGGCGUUCAAAUUGAGCGGUCGGUUCGGCUACAUUUCCACGAAGCAGGCGACGUACUGGGACGUUGACGGCACAAUUUUUGGCUUUAGCAUACCCGCAUGGCAGAAAGACAUCAGUGGCGAAGGCCUACAGUGCUGCUUCUUGGCUGCGGACAAGCAGAAGGGCGGACGUGUACUGGACUUUGAGACAGGCGAGGGCGCGGCGUUGCAGUGGACAAAAUACGGCUAA